GAGAUGGGAGAUGAAGGUGAGUGCAUCCCCUCAACCUUGGCCCCUCCCUUGUUCCUCUUCACCCUCCCAGCAGCCCCUGGGGACCAAGGACAAGAGGGUCAAGGUUGGGCUGAUGGGGGUGACCAGAAGAGGGAAGGAGGGAGUCAGGGGACCACAGGGAAAGGGAAUAACCUCUUGGAGCUCUGGCCCAGCUUCUCUUCCAGACACAUUCACCAGACCCUCCCUCUGGGCUGAGCCAGGCACUUUGAUCCCCGUGGGAACAAAUGUGACCCUCUGGUGCCGAGGCCCUGCUGGGGCAACGCGGUACUGUGUGCUCAGAGUAGGGCUCUCUGAGUGCAGGAGCCCGUCCAGGCCUCAGACCGAGGUGCAGUUCCCCAUCUUAUCUGCGGCAAACGAGGAUGCAGGACAGUACUGCUGCCUCUACUGGACCCGAUCCCUCCGGUCCCAGUGCAGCCACCCCCUGGAGUUGGUGGUGACAGGUAUAUAUGAGAAGCCAACCCUCUUGGCCCUGCCCAGCCACUCGGUGGGCACAGGGAAGGAUGUCAUCCUCCAGUGUAAGGUGGAAUCCAGAUCCGACAGGUUUGCUUUGUACAAGGAGGGAGACGCCCACACCUACACGGGUUACGAAUGGAGGUCUCGGGCCAACUUCCCCAUCCCUGCUGUAACCAGAGCCCAUGGGGGCACCUAUCGAUGUUACAGUUUUUCCAGCGACUCCCCCUACCAUUGGUCAGCUCCCAGUGACCCCCUGAAGCUCAUUGUCACAGAAACCUCUCCAAGGCCUGGAACUCAGGACGACCUACUGGGAGCUUCCUCAGGUCUCCCGAGGCUCUGGCAAGGGAUCCUGACAGGCGUCUCACUGCUCUCCACCUUGCUCUUCCUCUUCUUUGUCCUCCUUUGCCACCACCAGCAUCUGGCCAGACUCAAGACCGAGGGCAGAGCGUCAGAAGGCAAGGAGACCCUGAGGAGCUACAGCCCAGCUGGGGCCCUGCAGGAAGAGACCCUGUACACAGCAGUGAAAAGCAGCAGACAGAGCAGAGAGGAGGACCCUGCUGCCCAGGACCUCCAGGAAGUGACCUAUACCCAACUGAGGCACCCAAGCCCGAGUGAGGGCCCUGCCUGGGCUCCAUCCCAUCCUCUAUGCACCACUGGUCAUCCAGUGAGCUAAGCCCAUCCCAGGGGAGGAGGGAGGAGCUCUCCCCAUUUUCACCUCUGCGUUCUGUGAGCGUGCCCUAAACUAAAGCAAAGGAAGUCCAGGAGAUCUGACCCUGGCACCCGGGAAUUUUUAAAAAUAAGUUUUAUCAGUGCCUUAUAUUUUCUGCAUUACAAACAUUUCGGGACAUCCCCAGUCAUCCCACCCCCAGUUCACCUUUCCUUUGUAACAAAGAAAAAACAGUUGAGCAAAACCCAACAGCAUGCAACAUUUUGCACACACAGUCUUCCACCUCUCUACCCAAACGCAAGGAGUCCCUUCCCUCUCCCAACUUCCCUCCCUUCCCUUCCUUCUUUCCUUUCCUUUCCUUUCCUUUCCUUUCCUUUCUUC